AUGCAAUUAUAAAUACCUAAAACAAAAACAAAUCAAAUAAGACCAUCCAUGUUUUUGAAUAAUAUAGAUAUGAACACAGUUUUAAUGUCUCCAAAAUUAAAUCCUUCUGAUCUUGAAAAGUCUCCACUUAUCACUUAAUUGAAAUCAUUAAAGAAAAGACAAGCUACAAAAUUACCUAUUAUAAAAGAAAAAUAAUCAAUAUCAAUCAGUAAUAAAGAAUCGCUUGAAAAUACUCUUUUUAAUGAUUCAGUUACCUAAAUCUAAUCAAUGAAGGCUACAAUUUAAUCAGGAGGAUAAUUACAGUUACCCCAAAUCUAAUAUUCAUCUCCAUAAAACGAUACUAAACAUAAAAAAAAUUUAACAGAGGGUAACCUCUUAAAAAAAAGAGUUGAAUUUAGAGCAUCUAUUUUAGUGAUAGAUUUCAUUAAUUAAAUAAUAAAGAAAGAUAAAAUUGAUGGAAGUGCUAAACCUCUUAUUCGAAAAGUUUUACAAAGACAAUAAACUAAAUUUUUGCCAAAAUUAGGAUGA